GGGAUAGCUGCUAAUGUAUUACUUGUACUAUUUAUUUUUAUUCGCCUUAUUAAUUCUCUCUCCUCUUAAUCUUUCUGUAAGUUUUGGGAAACCAUCUCACCAAUGUCAACAAUUCAACGUUCAUCGUGUUCUUAAGUAAUGUCUUCUUCAUUAAAAAUAAACUUUAAAAUAAACAAAUUAAGUAGUAAAAAUGUGAUUAGCAAUUGCCUGAUUUUUUACCGGAAUAAUUUUGAGUUUGUCGAGUAAGAAAUUUGAAUGGGAUCAACUCAGGAAAAACACCACUUAUAUAUUCGAACAAAUUCCAACUUAUUUGCUAAAUUCUCUAUACCUUCUCAAUUAUUUCCCUAUAUUAAAAGUUCGGAAGCUGGCGAAAAUCCCCAGUUGAUUGCACUGUCUUCACGUGUGAACAGUCAAAGCUUUAUUUCUGUGUGUUUAGAUCGAAAUCCAAAAUGAUGGGAAAGAAGAGUGGUUACUUGGCAAUGAGGAAUGAACAAGUUACGAGGGAUUUGGUCAGCUCCGAUGUGCAAGAGUUUGUUGUGGCUGCUAAUAAGCUGGCUAUUCAUGCAAUCAAGCUUGGUGGAUUACUGGGAUUUGUAACCUCUGUUCUUGAAUGGAUUGCCUCUCUUGCUGCAAUUUACUUGUUGGUCUUGGAUCAAACGAAAUGGAAAACUAACAUUCCUACUGGAUUACUCGUCCCUGAUAUCUAUCUUCUUUAGUUUUCCUUCUCUAAUUUUCAACAUAUUAAGGGGAGAUGUUUGGAUCACUGGCAUUCUCUCUCCUAAGCCCUCUCUUCCUAGAAUAUAUUCCAGCUUGGCUGGAAAUGCCUGGGGCUUUGCUGCUUCAGAUAGUGGGAGCUCCCAGUUUAUUUGCAAGCACCUUAAGGGGCAGGUUGGCGUCGCCAUGUGUCUUGUCAUUGCUUGCUAUUUGCUGCAAGAGCGCAUCCAAGCAUGUGGUGGAUUCAGAAAUUCCUUCACAAAAGCCAAUGGCAUAUCAAACUCGGUUGGCAUUAUCAUUCUAUUGGUAUAUCCGUUUUAUGCUGCAAAUGGUCAUGGUGAAAAGGAGGCGCAUUCUGGUUAGUGUGCGAAAAGGAGUGCAAAUAAGACCGAUUGAAGAAGACAUUGAGGUGUGUGAACAUGGAACUACAGGACUCCAAGGUUUUGAGAUUAACUUGAAGGCUAAAGAGGGAGCUGAUGAGAAGGUUGAGAGUUUGGGCAAAAGAGUUCUCUUUCUGGGUCAUUCUUCAUUUACUAUGGGAGCAUAGGCUCAUUCUUAAGUGAAGGCUAAUUGCGUUUGCUUCACUGAUGAUUACUGAGAAAGUUCCAACCAUACGGGCAGAAUGCUGUUUUUAGGGAUUUUCUCAUUAAUUUUUUGCUUUGAGACAGUUUUAUUAUAAGUAAAUUACCUUACUUCGAAAGAGA